AUGGCUACCGAAGGCAUACAGUUCCCUCUUUCACGGGACUUUGCCAGUCCCUCUAACGCCCCGACACAUGCUCGCCCAUCCUCAUCAUCCUCAGAUACCACAACCCUCAAUGGCGAAAAACCAGUGCCUCUCCAUCGCGCACCGACGGCCGAAGACAUGGUCAAUCUUCCUAUCCGCACACUCUCCAACAACGCCAACCUCGACGAAUACACACAAGAAACCAUCUCGGGGCAGAUGGUCCGCGAGGUUCGAUCCAACGCCGGCAAGGUUGAGAAGUACGACUUGGUUACGUUUACCAUUGACGACAAGGAGAACCCUAAGAAUUGGAGCAAGGCAUACAAGUGGUGGUGUACCAUGUGUGUCGCAGUGACAUGCUUUGCCGUGGCUUUCAACUCUGCCGUCAUCACAGCGGAUCUGGAGGGUGUGAGCGCGGAGUUUGGGGUUAGCGAGGAGGUGUCGCUAUUGACCAUAACGCUUUUCGUGGUUGGAUUCGGUGUCGGACCAAUGGCUUUUGCUCCCGCGUCAGAGAUUUGGGGAAGGAGACCAGUAUAUGGUGUUACACUUGCUUUGGCAGUCAUCUUCACUAUUCCAGGAGCAGUCGCACAGAAUAUCGGCACACUGCUGGUAACGCGCUUUAUCGCUGGUGUAGCGUUCUCAGCACCUAUGACGCUCGUAGGAGGAACACUGGCCGAUAUGUGGAGGAAUGAGGAGAGAGGUGUCCCAAUGGCAGCCUUCAGCGCCGCACCGUUCAUCGGCCCUGGUGUCGGACCUUUGGUUGGCGGCUACCUCAGUCAAGCUGGUGGCUGGCGCUGGCUUUACUGGAUCCAGCUUAUCCUUUCUGCCAUUGUCUGGGUUCUCAUCACAUUUACUGUACCAGAGACUUAUGCGCCUAAGAUCCUGGCAAAGAGAGCGAAGAAGAUGCGCAAGGAGACGGGCGACGACAAGUUCGUCACGGAACAAGAUCUCGAUAUGCGACCUUUCAGCCAACGCCUCCAGCUCUUCCUCUUGCGUCCAUUCCAGCUGCUCUUCCGCGAGCUCAUCGUCUUCCUGAUCUCGGUAUACAUGUCCGUUCUGUACGGUCUUCUAUACAUGUUUUUCGUCGCAUACCCGAUUGUCUACCAGAAAGGCAAGGGCUGGAGCGCAGGAUCAACAGGUCUCAUGUUCAUCCCACUCAUCUGCGGUGUGCUGCUCUCUGCUGCCUGCGCGCCGCUCGUCAACAAGCACUACAUGAAGUUAUCGGAAAAGCACAAUGGUCACCCGCCAGCCGAAGCACGUCUGAUCCCCAUGAUGUUCUCAUGCUGGUUCAUUCCCAUUGGAGUCUUUAUCUUCGCAUGGACCAGCCAGAAAGAGACGCACUGGGCAGGACCUGCAUUUGGAGGUGGCUCUGUGGGCUUCGGUUUCAUCUUCCUGUACAACUCGGCCAACAACUAUCUCGUCGACUCGUAUCAGCACCAGGCUGCGUCAGCUCUAGCGGCGAAGACGUUCUUGCGUAGCUUCUGGGGUGCAGGCGCUGUCUUGUUUACGAAUCAGAUGUACGACCGUCUGGGCGAUCAGUGGGCCAGUUCACUCCUUGCCUUCAUCGGUCUCGCUUGUUGCGCAAUUCCUUUCAUCUUCUACGUUUACGGUGCAAGGAUUCGGGCGCGUUCUCAUUACGCCUACAGUGCGGAGACGGAGAACAAGGAAGAGAAGCAGGGAGCAUAG